AUGAUCUCCGCCGUCCUCCUCCUCUGGACUGUGCCCUGCGUGGCAAACCACAUCCUCGGGGGCAUUUUUGCCAAGGGAGCGCUGCAGGAAGGUCCCCAGCUGGCGUGCAGCCUGCCGGGCCCCCCCGGGCCACCCGGCCCCCCCGGCGCACCCGGGGCGCCAGGGACGGUUGGCAGGAUGGGCUUCCCGGGCAAAGAUGGCAAGGAUGGCAAGGACGGGGAUAAAGGCGAGCACGGCGACGAAGGUCCACAAGGCAGAACAGUCUCAAAGAGCUACCCAAGGGAAAGGCUGCCCAUCAAAUUUGACAGGAUCCUGAUGAAUGAAGGAGGACAUUACAAUGCUUCCAGUGGGAAAUUUAUAUGCAGCAUCCCAGGUAUUUACUACUUCACUUAUGAUAUCACUUUGGCCAAUAAACAUUUGGCCAUUGGCUUGGUCCACAAUGGGCAGUACCGGAUCAAGACUUUUGAUGCCAACACUGGGAACCAUGACGUUGCCUCUGGAUCAACCAUCCUUUCUCUGAAGCGGGAGGAUGAGGUAUGGCUGCAGAUCUUUUACUCUGAACAAAAUGGGCUCUUUUAUGAUCCCUACUGGACAGACAGUUUAUUUACUGGCUUCCUGAUAUAUCCUGAUCAAGAUUAUCUCAAUGAAAUAUAGGAUGAGAAACUAGCCUUUGGGAAAAAAUAGGAAAUGCAUGAGACCUCAGUCCAGCAAAGUGUAGCCUGUACACGGACAUGUGUGGGAUUCUCAUACGAUUCCACAUUUUUGGCGCUAGCCCAAUACCUGUGUUAGGUAUUUAAAUAUUUACUUGAUGUCAUCAACUAGUCCACAGGGUACCAGGACCAGUAGGACUCACCUUUAAGCAGCCUCAUGAAUCUCUAAAUCUUGAAGCCACCCAUUAUGUUUUCCUUGAUGAUUCCAACAUGCCAUGGACAUGUAACUCAAAUACUGGUGCAGAAUGCUUUGUUAUUAUAUUAUUAUUAUGAAGCAUAGAGACCAACAACCAUUUCCUGAAAGCUGAGCUCAGAAGUGCCAUUGAUACUGGAGUUUGUACCACUGUGCCUCCUCCUUCUACACCCCGUAAUAGUAAUAAUCCUUGUUAAUACCGAGUUACACUUUACCAGCUACUUAAGUCAGGAAGUUGUCAGCUGAAGUUAUAAAAGAGUAGCUCUCAGCCUCAUCAAAGCAGUACUAAUAAGCAAAGGCAUCCGGUCUAAAUAGGAAAUGACACGAGAGAGAGAUCUCAUUUUUAAGGUUAAAGGGAGGACUCCUGGUAAGACACAAGCUGUUGCACUGAGCACCACUGGCAUUUCUCAAAUUUCAGCCUCCAUACACCAGUGCUGGAGUCCUACAUCUGGUUUCAGACAAGCGUUGGUAAGCUGUAACCAGAGCCUAAACUGGACCAUACAAGCCAAAUACCUGUGGGCCUCCACGCCACGGUGGAGGAUGAACUUUGCAGAUAAGACUCAACUGUCAAAGACAGCGUGAACCUUCACUCCAGAAACAGAUUCAUUAAUGACCCCCUUCCUUCAUCCCUGACAGCUUUUGCUGGAAGGAGAUACUUGUGGUGCUGCUGAGAUCCUCCUGAAGGACUUAAUGCUACAGCUAGACCCUAUCUUACUGCUGCUUUGCUUUUUUGAUGCUGUAUGUCAAUUAUGACAGAUGCUGCCAAAUCAAUGUUUUAGUUCUAAACUGUAUGGAAGAAAGCUCAGAAAAGUCAAAAGCUGA